CUCUCUCUUCCCAUGGCGACGGCGGCGGUGGCCGAGUCCCGAAAGCUCCCUCGCCCAGGCCGCGGCGGCGUAAUCUCCCAUAACCUCACCGAAGAAGAAGCUCGAGUCCGAGCAAUUGGCGAAAUCGUGAACCAGAUGGUCGAACUCUCCCACAAAGGCCAAAACGUCGACCUCAACGCAAUCAAGUCCGCCGCGUGCCGCAAAUACGGCCUAUCACGCGCCCCUAAGCUCGUCGAAAUGAUCGCCGCACUACCUGAGUCAGAGCGCGAGUCACUCCUCCCCAAACUCCGAGCAAAGCCGGUUCGGACCGCCUCGGGGAUUGCGGUGGUGGCCGUCAUGUCGAAGCCUCACCGGUGUCCGCAUAUUGCCACUACUGGGAAUAUAUGUGUUUAUUGUCCGGGGGGACCGGAUUCGGAUUUUGAGUAUAGUACUCAGUCGUAUACUGGGUAUGAGCCGACUAGUAUGCGAGCAAUUCGUGCUAGGUAUAACCCCUAUGUGCAAGCUAGAAGCAGGAUAGAUCAGCUGAAACGAUUGGGUCACAGUGUAGAUAAGGUUGAGUUUAUCCUGAUGGGUGGAACUUUUAUGUCAUUGCCAUCAGAAUACCGUGACUAUUUCACAAGAAAUCUUCAUGAUGCUUUAUCCGGGCAUACUUCUGCUAAUGUUGAAGAGGCAGUUUCCUACUCUGAACACAGUGCAACAAAGUGUAUUGGGAUGACUAUUGAAACGAGGCCGGAUUAUUGCCUUGGACCCCAUUUGAGGCAAAUGCUUUCUUAUGGGUGUACACGACUGGAGAUUGGAGUUCAAAGCACAUAUGAGGAUGUUGCUCGUGACACCAAUAGGGGACACACAGUAGCUGCUGUGGCUGAUUGCUUUUGCUUGGCAAAGGAUGCUGGCUUCAAGGUAGUUGCUCAUAUGAUGCCUGAUCUUCCAAAUGUUGGGGUUGAGAGAGACUUGGAAAGUUUCAAGGAGUUCUUUGAAAGCCCUUCAUUUAGAGCUGAUGGGCUCAAAAUUUAUCCCACGCUUGUUAUUCGUGGGACUGGACUUUAUGAGCUUUGGAAAACGGGCAGGUAUAGGAAUUACCCGCCUGAGCAGCUUGUGGACAUUGUAGCUCGGAUCUUAGCCAUGGUACCCCCUUGGACACGUGUUUAUAGAGUUCAGCGGGAUAUUCCUAUGCCUCUGGUUACUUCUGGUGUUGAGAAAGGGAACCUUCGGGAGCUAGCUUUAGCUAGAAUGGAUGAUUUGGGCUUGAAGUGCCGGGAUGUUAGAACACGGGAAGCUGGAAUCCAGGAUAUUCACCACAAAAUAAAGCCAGACAAAGUUGAGCUUGUUCGCCGUGAUUAUUCAGCAAAUGAGGGCUGGGAAACUUUCCUUUCAUAUGAAGAUACACGGCAGGAUAUCCUCGUUGGGUUACUGCGAUUGAGAAAAAUUGGCCGAAAUGCCACUUGCCCAGAACUUAUGGGGAAGUGUUCUAUUGUUCGUGAACUACAUGUGUAUGGGACAGCAGUUCCCGUGCAUGGGCGUGAUGCUGAUAAGCUGCAACACCAGGGUUAUGGUACGCUGCUUAUGGAGGAAGCAGAGCGGAUUGCUCGUCGGGAGCAUCGAUCAACAAAGAUAGCUGUAAUAUCUGGUGUAGGAACCCGCCAUUACUAUAGAAAAUUGGGAUAUGAGCUUGAAGGUCCUUACAUGGCCCACUUAGGUUCAGUUCGACCCGACCCAUUGGGAGGUUUUAUUAAGGAGGAGUCUUCGUUGGUGCGCUAUAGCUCUCUCUCCCUCUGUGAAGCGACAAAUCACCAGCAGACCAUGAUGCUCAAAUCCUCAUUCAUGCCCAUUUUAACAACCGUUCCCGCUAAAAUCAAACCACCUCCAAAACUUUCAUACACAAUAACCAAUGCAUUCACACAAACCCCACAAACUGUUCGACAAAAUGCCUCACCUAACCAUCCAACUACACUCCCACCAUACAAGCUGCCACCAACCUCAGCUUACAUCCACCUCCCAUUCUGUCGAAAACGCUGUCACUACUGCGACUUCCCAAUAGUCGCUCUUGGCUCCUCUUCAGCCAAAAUCGAAGACGACCCACGAAUUCUUAGCUACAUCCAGCUCCUCCUUAGAGAAAUCAAAGCAACCAAACAAGAAUUAAAUGCUAACCCACCUCUUGAAACAGUCUUUUUUGGAGGUGGCACACCUUCACUUGUGCCACCAAGACUUGUUUCCGUGGUUCUUGACACUUUACGUGAGAAAUUUAGGUUGUGUGCAAAUGCUGAGAUAUCUAUGGAAAUGGACCCUGGGACAUUUGAUGGGGUAAAAAUGGAGGAGUUAAUGGAGUUGGGGGUGAAUAGAGUGUCUUUGGGAGUUCAGGCAUUUCAACCGGAGUUAUUGAAGGCUUGUGGUAGAGCACAUGGUGUCAAGGAGGUUCACGAGGCAAUUGAGAUUGUUGGGUCUUGUGGGGUUGAGAAUUGGAGUAUGGACCUCAUAUCUUCUCUCCCUCACCAAACACCAGAAAUGUGGGAAAGCAGUCUGAGGCUCACUAUCGAAGCACAGCCUACCCACGUAUCAGUGUAUGAUCUGCAAGUUGAACAAGGCACCAAAUUUGGCAUACUGUACACACCAGGGGAGUUCCCUCUGCCUUCUGAGAUACAAUCUGCGGAAUUCUAUAGAAUGGCCUCGAGAAUGCUUACUGAUGCUGGUUACAACCAUUAUGAAAUUAGUAGUUACUGCAAAAGUGGUUUUGAGUGCCAGCACAAUCUGACCUACUGGAAGAACAAAGGUUUUUAUGGUUUUGGCCUUGGUUCUGCCAGUUAUGUAAGUGGGGUAAGGUUUUCGAGGCCAAGGAAGCUGAAAGAGUACACAAAUUACGUGCAGAGUCUGGAAAAUGGCGUGGUAGAUUGUAGUGAGCAAAAUCAAAUUGAUGCAAAGGACAUGGCAAUGGACGUCGUGAUGCUUUCUCUAAGAACUGGAAGAGGAUUAGACUUACACUCCUUCCGAGAAAGUUUCGGCGGUUCACUUGUUCUCUCUCUUUGUAAGGUUUAUAAACCUUAUGUGGAAAGUGGGCAUGUGGUAUGCUUGGAUGGUCAGGGGAGAAACAUUUCAGCAGAUGAAUCGACCUUCUUGCUGUCGGAUGAGGACAAAAUUGAGGAUCUGGCGUUUAUACGGCUCAGUGAUCCAGAUGGUUUCCUUCUGUCCAACGAGUUAAUAUCCCUUGCAUUUGGAAUCAUAGCUCCGUAAACUGCAAUAUUGACUUGAAACUUGGAUCACUCUGGCAAUAAGAAUAAGACUUGGAGCAUCUAUACAAAUAGUAGUAAACAGUAGAGAUCAGAGUCUGAAGGAACAGUCGUUCCUAUUGGGUUAUGGCACCCAGGUAUCUGAAGCAACAGGCAGGCACUUUUACGGCACCCAUCUUGAGGAUGAACACCUAUUAUGUGGCAUCUCCAAUCCAGAACACAAGUAUUCGGUGUCAGGACAACCGAUAGAGCAAGAUGGGGAGCAAAGUUCGUGUUUCUGACCCUAUAUGGUCGAAAUAAGGCUCUCUGCAUUCUCCCAUUAAGUUAGGCAAGUUUGGGGAACUUGGCCAUGGGGUCUCAGUAGGAUAUAGUGACCGUAACAGCAAGCAGAAGGACGAUUUUAAAUUGACAUCAGAUACUACAAAGAUACCAGUCAGAAUCGAAGUUCUGUUCUUGACCGCAGUAGCACAAUGCCUUUAGUGUGAUCUUUGUGAGAUGGUAUGUCGAUGGGAUAAAUCCAUAAAUCGAGGUUUGCCCAUCUUGUACAUCGCCUAUCAUCCAGUACUAUAUAUUGCAAUAAACUGAGUUUUUUGGCAUUUGAUACUAGAACGGUCGAUUGUUU